AUGACUGCCGUCGUGCCGAAUUCCGUUGGCUGGUACAUCCUCGAGGGGUACCCGUGGUGGCCCGUGUACAUUUGCGACGUGACGAAGCUCCGCCCGACGCUGCAUCUUCUUGGGAGUGGCCACAAGAAGAUUCUGAAAAAAGCGCGCGACUUUCCAUUGGAUUUUAUUGUUGUCUACUACUUUGGCUCGCACGACUUCUCUCUGGUUGGAAUGAAGAAUGGCGUGUUGCGGCCAUGGGACUGUGCGCAGAAGGACCAAUUCCUCAAGGGCCAUCCGAAGCACUUGACUAAGAAGAAGGGUGUGAUUGAAGAUCUGCGGGUUGCCGUGCACGAGGCCGAAGAGUUCUUGUCGCAGCCUGAAGACAUUCGUCUGCCGCCGCAUAUGGUGCCAUCGGAUCUAGAUCCGACGCUGGAGCCGCCACCGGAGCUUGUGGUGCCGGUAGAUAUGGCAAUGAACUCGGACACGGACGAAGAGAUGGAGACGCGAAGUGUGGACGAUGGAGAUGAUAUGGAGAAUGGGGACCACGAAGAGGAAGUGCAAGUGAUGAAACACAAAAAGAAGAAGAAGGAGAAAAAGGAGAAGAAGACGAAGAAGAAGAAAAAAGGGCCUGAAGAAGAGAAGACUAAAAGGACAGACGACAUAAAGCGCAAGAAUGAUAGCGAAAAAGGUCGGGACACGAGAAGCGCGUCGCCGGUCAAAGUAGCAAAGACGAUGCUCGAAACUGACGUCAAGAGCGAGCGACAUGUAGUGAAGCGAGACAAUGACGAGAAGAAGUGGCCUCCACCUGCCAUAACGUCAGAGGCGCUUAGCAUUCUUCUCGAGAAAGAGAUCCGCUGGAUUCUUGUCAAUUGUCCGUUUGAGGAAAUGACAACUAGGAUGGUGAGGAAGUUGCUUGAAGAACGUCUAAAGAUCGACUUACGUCACCACAAGGCAUCAAUCAAAGAAGGCGUUGCGCGAGUGAUCGCCUCAAUGGAAGACGAGGAUACAUUCGACUCUGUUUCUACUGCCCCAGAAGAAGGUGCUGCCGCUUUAUCUGAGGAUACAGCGCAGCCUGAUCUCAAAGUCGAACAGGACAGGGUGGCCAUGCCUAUUUCUCCAGGUGUCGUAGUAAAGACGGAAAUGGAUGUUGCAAGGGAGAAAGAAGUAGCUGAUGCUGCUAGCAAUGAGAGCACGAGGAAGGAGCUUGAAGCAGUGUCGAAGCAUUUGUCGCUAGCUUUGGAACUAGAACCAAAGAUUUUGGAUGCCUUGAAUUUACUCAAAAGUAUAGAUCAUGUAGACAAGAACGUGCUGGCGGCGUCAUCCCUACAGCCUCGACUGGUGAAGCUACGGGUGCACCCAUCAUCAAGGAUCUGCGAGCUUAUCACAAAUUUGGUAAAGAAGUGGGACGUCGAAGAUUUGGUUCCUGCGCCCGAACCGAUCACAAAAGAAGAGAUUUUGGAUCUGAAGACCCAGCUAGAGUACUCAGAGACGUCUCAUGACGAGUUGUUGGUGUGCUUAAACCGGCUGAGUGAGAUGCCUCUGACCAUUGAUCAUCUAAAAAAGACGGGAAUUGCACGGGCAGUGUCCAACUUACGCCAACAUGGUAACGACAAGGUUUCUGCUAAGGCGCACGAUCUGCGGCAGAAAUGGAUCAAGUUGUCGAACGAACAGCCAGCAGAGAGCGAAUCCGGUUCGAAUUCGCUGAAGACUCUCCAAACUUUGAACCGCAUCUUAGGACAGCAAAGUGACGGUACAGACGAGCAGAAGCAUCAAAGGAAGCAACUGGCCGCGCUUGAACAGCUUCAAAGUAUGUCACUAGACACGAAAGACAUCAUUGAUUCCAAGGUCGGCAUUCCUGUGUCUAAGCUUCGCAAUUCCAGCAAUGAGAAGGUAGCAAAGUUGGCAAUAAAACUUCGUAAGAAGUGGCAAGCCGAGGCCAAAGCGUAA